UUUUCCAGUUUUCCCUGUGGCCGUAGUGAGUGAGUGGAAAGCGGAGACUGCCUGCUCCCUGCCAGCCUGGGAAUCUCGCUAAAGCACAUCAGCGGCCACUGCCAUGGCUGAACGCCGCGCCUUCGCCCAGAAAAUCAGCAGGACUGUGGCAGCAGAGGUGAGAAAGCAGAUCUCCGGUCAGUAUGGGGGCUCUCCACAGCUCUUCAAAAACCUCAAUGUGGGGACUGCAACAAGCAACACAGUUCCCUUGACAGAGGCAGUCGAGCCAGUAGAUUUUGAGGAGUACCUCAUCACUCACCCUCCCAUUGUUGAAUCGGGUCCACUAAGAGAUCUGAUUGAGUUCCCCCCAGAUGAUAUCGAGGUCAUCUACACUCCCAGGGAGUGUCGCACAGUGGUACAGGCCGUUCCAGAGGAAGGGGACACUGAUCCUCAUGUCAGAGACUGUGUCAAAUCAUAUACAGAAGACUGGGCCGUUGUCAAUAGGAAAUACCACAAGCUCGGUACAGGUUUUAACCCCAAUACUCUGGACAAACAGAAGGAGCGUCAGAAAGGUCUUCCCAAACAAGUGUUUGAAGCCGAUGAGAUGCCUGAUAGCAGCAGCUAUCAGGAUGAUCAGGAUGAUUUGAAACGGCGGUCAAUGUCGAUAGACGAUACUCCGCGUGGCAGCUGGGCCUGCAGCAUUUUUGACUUGAAGAAUUCCCUCCCUGACGCCCUCCUUCCCCACCUCCUCGAUCGAGCCCCCAAUGAGGAAAUCGAUCGACACAAUGAGGAGCAGCGCAAGUCCAACCGCCACCGAGAACUCUUUGCCCUGCAUCCUGCCCUUGAUGAGGAGGAGCCCAUUGAGCGCCAUUGUGUGCCUGAAGUACCUAAAGAACACUUUGGCCAAAGGCUACUCGUCAAGUGCUUGUCCUUGAAGUUCGAGAUCGAAAUUGAACCCAUAUUUGCUAGUUUGGCCUUAUACGAUGUCAAGGAAAAGAAAAAGAUAUCGGAGAACUUUUUCUUUGACUUAAACUCUGAGCAGACAAAAGCAAUGCUGCGUCCACACAUUCAGACGGCAGCCAUCUCCACAUUAGCACGCUCCGCCGUCUUCUCGAUCACCUACCCCUCCCAGGACGUCUUCCUUGUCAUCAAGUUAGAAAAGGUACUGCAGCAAGGUGAUAUUGGGGAGUGUGCAGAGCCUUAUAUGGUCUUCAAAGAAUCUGAUGCUGCCAAGAAUAAGGAGAAACUGGAGAAGCUUCGCAGCCAGUCGGAGCAGUUCUGUCAGCGUCUGGGCCGAUACCGAAUGCCUUUUGCGUGGACCGCCAUCCAUCUAAUGAACAUUGUAAACAGCGCUGGCAGUCUUGAGAGGGAUACAGAGCUGGAGAUGAGCCUUUCAGAGAGAAAAGGCUCCUGGUCUGAACGAAGGAACUCGAGCAUCAUGGGAAGACGUUCUCUUGAGAGAACCACCAGUGGGGAUGAAUCGUGUAGUUUGACAGGCUUCAGACCUGCAACACUCACCAUCACCAACUUCUUCAAACAGGAGGGGGACAGACUUAGUGAUGAGGAUUUGUAUAAGUUCUUGGCUGACAUGAGAAGGCCUUCAUCAGUGCUGAGAAGACUCAGACCCAUUACAGCUCAGUUGAAAUUGGACAUUUCUCCAGCUCCAGAGAACCCCCACUAUUGUCUGACCCCAGACCUGCUUCAGGUUAAACCUUACCCAGACAGCAGGGUGCGCCCAACCAGAGAGAUCCUGGAGUUCCCUGCCAGGGAUGUCUAUGUGCCAAACACCACAUACAGGAAUCUGCUGUAUGUGAACCCUCAGAGUCUUAACUUUGCGAACCGCCAAGGCUCAGCCCGUAACAUCACCGUGAAAGUGCAAUUUAUGAAUGGAGAAGAUCCAAACAAUGCAAUGCCGGUGAUAUUCGGGAAAUCAAGUUGUGCAGAUUUCUCCAAAGAGGCCUACACUGCAGUGGUGUACCAUAACAGAUCCCCUGACUUCCAUGACGAGGUCAAGAUCAAGUUGCCUGCGUCUCUAUCAGACCACCACCAUAUCCUCUUCACCUUUUACCACGUCAGCUGCCAGCAGAAGCAGAACACACCACUGGAGACCCCUGUGGGUUACACGUGGAUCCCCAUGCUGCAGAACGGGCGUCUGCGCACGGGUCACUUCUGCCUGCCGGUGUCUCUUGAAAAGCCUCCACAGUCCUACUCCGUUCUCUCCCCAGAUGUCCCUCUUCCUGGAAUGAAGUGGGUGGAUAACCAUCGAGGAGUAUUCAAUGUGGAAGUGGUGGCUGUUUCAACCAUCCAUACACAGGAUCAAUACCUGGAUAAGUUCUUUGCCUUGGUCCACGCUUUGGAUGAGCACAUGUUCCCAGUCCGGAUAGGAGACAUGCGCAUCAUGGAGAACAACCUGGAGACCGAGCUCAAGUCCAGCAUCGCAGCGCUCAACUCUUCCCAGUUGGAGCCAGUGGUUCGAUUCCUCCACCUUCUCCUUGACAAGCUGGUGCUGCUUGUAGUCCGGCCCCCCGUCAUCGCUGGCCAAAUUGUGAAUCUGGGUCAGGCGUCCUUUGAGGUCAUGGCGUCCAUUGUGAAUCGACUUCACAAGUAUCUCGACACGAGCCAGGACAUGCACGGCCGCAACAGCCUGCUGUCGUCUUACAUCCACUACGUCUUCCGUUUGCCCAGCACUGACCCCAACUCACCGUCGCCAGACACCAAGUCAUCCCUAACAGGUCCUGGGGGGCUGGGGGGUUCGGUUCACUAUGCGACCAUGGCCCGGUCAGCUGUCCGACCAGCCAGCCUCAAUCUCAACCGCUCCCGUAGCCUCAGCAACAGCAACCCUGACAUCUCUGGUACGCCCACCUCUCCAGACGACGAGGUGCGCUCCAUCAUUGGCAGCAAGGGCUUAGACCGCUCCAACUCGUGGGUGCACACCAUGGGCUGUAAGAGUGCCCCCUGGGGAUCCAGCCCUGGUUCCGCUCCAGAAACCAUGCAGGCCAUGGAGCGCUGUGGCAAUCGCAUGUCUUCGCACACUGAGAGCGCCAGUUUCUUGCAAACUUUAACAGGACGGUUACCCACAAAAAAGCUCUUCCACGAGGAGUUGGCUCUCCAGUGGGUCGUGAGCAGUGGAAGCGUGCGGGAGGGAGCGCUCCAGCAGGCCUGGUUUUUCUUUGAACUCAUGGUGAAGAGCAUCAUCCACCACCUGUACUUUGCCGAUCGCUUAGAGUCUCCUAGAAAGAACCGUUUCCCCGAACGCUUCAUGGAUGACAUUACGGCCCUGGUCAGCACCAUCGCUGGCGACAUUGUGUCUCGCUUCCAGAAGGAUCUGGAGCUGGUGGAGAGGCUCAACACAAGCCUGGCUUUCUUUCUCAAUGACUUGCUGUCAGUUAUGGAUCGAGGCUUUGUUUUCACUUUGAUCAGAGCCUACUGGAAACAAGUGUCCACAAAACUUUACGCUCUGCAGAACCCAACCUUGGAGUCUCUGAGGCUGGACUUCUUGAGAAUCGUCUGCAGUCAUGAGCACUACGUGACCCUCAAUCUGCCCUGCAGCCUGCUCACCCCGCCGGCCUCGCCCUCCCCCUCUGUGUCCUCAGCAACUUCGCAGAGCUCUGGGUUCUCUACUCACGUCCAGGACCAAAAGAUAGCCAACAUGUUUGAGCUGUCGGUUCCCUUCAGAGAGCAACAUUAUCUGGCAGGACUUGUUUUGUCUGAACUGUCGGUUAUUCUGGAACCAGACAAUGAAGGGAUGUUUGGUCUACAUAAGAAGGUGGUCAGUGUUGUUCACAACCUCCUCUCCAGCCAUGACUCUGAUCCUCGAUAUGCUGACCCUGAGGUCAAAGCUCGGGUCGCCAUGCUUUACCUGCCUCUCAUCGGCAUCGUCAUGGAAACACUGCCUCAGCUCCAUGACUUUACAGAGUCUCAUAACCAGUGGGGUCGGCCAGGUGGCCCACAGGGGGCAGCAGUAGGCAUCUGUGGUGAAGAGACCGAGGGAGAGGGCAACAGCAUGAUCAAUCAGACUGUCGCUAUGGCGAUAGCAGGCACCAGCACCACAUCCCCAAUGUCCAGACCAAGUAGCUUUUUGCUCAACUCGCAGGCAAGUCGGCAGCAUGGGAGCUUCUCCGCCGAAUCCAGCCGCAGCCUUCUGAUCUGUCUGCUGUGGGUGCUGAAAAACGCCGAUGAGCUGGUGUUACAGAAAUGGUUCACAGAUCUGUCAGUGUCUCAGCUCAACCGGCUGCUGGACCUUCUCUACCUCUGUGUCUCCUGCUUUGAGUACAAGGCCCAUGUUGUCUUCACCAUGCAGGGCAAGAAGGCGUUUGAACGCAUGAACAGUCUAACGUUCAAGAAGUCCAAAGAUAUGAAGGCCAAGCUGGAGGAGGCCAUACUGGGCAGCAUCGGCGCCCGGCAAGAGAUGGUGCGACGGAGCAGGGGACAGCUGGAGCGGAGUCCAUCUGGCAGCGCUUUCGGCAGCCAGGAGAACCUUCGAUGGAGGAAGGACAUGACCCACUGGAGACAAAACAGUGAAAAGAUGGACAAGAGCCACAGAUCAGUCAGGACAAGAGCAGAGCUGGAACAUGAAGCACUUAUCGACGGAAACCUUGCCACAGAAGCCAACCUAAUUAUCCUCGACACUUUAGAAAUCAUUGUGCAGACGGUUUCAGUGACAGAAUCCAAGGAGAGCGUCCUGGGAGGCGUGUUGAAGGUGCUGCUCCACAGCAUGGCCUGCAACCAGAGCGCCCUCUAUCUUCAGCACUGCUUUGCUACACAGAGAGCCUUGGUGUCUAAGUUUCCUGAACUGUUGUUUGAGGAGGAAACGGAGCAAUGUGCUGAUCUGUGUUUGCGGCUGCUGAGAAGCUGCAGCAGCAGCAUCAGCACCAUCAGAGCUCACGCCAGUGCCUCCCUCUACCUCCUCAUGAGGCAAAACUUUGAGAUUGGCAAUAACUUUGCGAGAGUGAAGAUGCAGGUGACCAUGUCUCUCUCGUCACUGGUGGGAACAUCUCAGAAUUUUAAUGAGGAGUUUCUCCGCCGCUCUCUGAAGACCAUCCUUACAUAUGCAGAGGAGGACCUGGAGCUGAGGGAGACCACCUUCCCAGACCAGGUGCAGGACCUUGUGUUUAACCUGCACAUGAUCUUGUCAGACACAGUGAAGAUGAAGGAGCAUCAAGAAGACCCCGAGAUGUUGAUUGAUCUCAUGUAUAGGAUUGCAAAGGGUUACCAGACAUCUCCCGACCUUCGGCUGACGUGGCUACAAAACAUGGCUGGAAAACACUCGGAAAGGAACAACCACGCCGAGGCUGCUCAGUGUCUGGUGCACAGCGCCGCUCUGGUGGCAGAAUACCUGAGCAUGCUGGAGGACCGCAAGUACCUGCCUGUUGGCUGUGUCACCUUCCAGAACAUUUCUUCAAAUGUGCUGGAGGAAUCUGCAGUUUCUGAUGACGUGGUGUCUCCCGAUGAGGAGGGAAUCUGCUCAGGGAAAUACUUCACUGAGAUCGGCCUUGUGGGCCUUCUUGAGCAGGCGGCUGCUUCCUUCUCUAUGGCGGGCAUGUAUGAGGCAGUAAACGAAGUGUACAAAGUACUGAUCCCCAUUCACGAAGCUAACAGGGACGCAAAGAAGCUCGCAACCAUUCAUGGUAAACUCCAGGAAGCCUUUGGCAAAAUCGUUCAUCAGAGUACUGGCUGGGAGAGGAUGUUUGGUACAUACUUCAGAGUUGGAUUUUAUGGCUCAAAAUUUGGAGACUUGGAUGAGCAGGAGUUUGUCUACAAAGAGCCUGCCAUCACAAAACUGGCCGAGAUCUCCCACAGGCUCGAGGGCUUCUAUGGCGAGCGGUUUGGGGAGGACCAGGUGGAAGUCAUUAAAGAUUCCAAUCCUGUGGACAAGUGCAAGCUGGACCCAAAUAAGGCCUUUAUCCAGAUCACAUAUGUGGAGCCAUACUUCGACACUUACGAGAUGAAGGACCGCAUCACCUACUUUGACAAAAACUACAACCUGCGGCGGUUCGUCUACUGCACGCCGUUCACCCUGGACGGGCGGGCCCACGGCGACCUGCACGAGCAGUUCAAACGCAAGACCAUCCUGACCACUUCCCACGCCUUCCCGUACAUCAAGACACGGAUCAACAUCAUCCACAAAGAGGAGAUUAUAUCCACGCCUAUCGAGGUGGCGAUCGAGGACAUGCAGAAGAAGACCCAGGAGCUGGCCUUCGCCACCCACCAGGACCCUGCUGACGCCAAGAUGCUGCAGAUGGUCCUGCAAGGAUCAGUAGGGACGACUGUCAACCAGGGUCCAUUGGAAGUCGCCCAGGUGUUCCUGUCAGAGAUUCCCAGUGACCCCAAGUUGUACAGACACCACAAUAAGCUACGGCUCUGCUUUAAAGACUUCACAAAGAGGUGUGAAGAUGCGCUUCGUAAGAACAAGAGCCUGAUCGGUCCGGACCAGAAGGAGUACCAGAGGGAGCUGGAGAGGAACUACCACCGGCUGAAGGAGGCGCUGCAGCCCCUCAUCAACAGAAAAAUCCCUCAGCUUUAUAAACCUGUCCUGCAGGUCAACUCGCACAGAGAUUCCUUCAGCAGACUGAGUCUUCGCAAGCUUGACAUUUGAAGAUGAAGAAAGAAAGCACUCACACGCGUACACACCUCCACCUCCACCACCACCACCACCACCACCACCACCACACAAAAA